AUGGCUUCGGUAUACAGGAAUUCUUUCAUCACACUUGCGGCGACGGCAUCGCCGGACGGAAGUGGUGGUCUUAUACAACCUCUUAGUAGCCCUACUGCAUGCUUUGAAGUCGAGGAUAUCGGCUGGCGUGCCAGAGAGCAUCUUCAAUGGGACUAUACGGCUCACAACAUGCUGAGGGAACCUCUCAACCGAAGAGCCUGGACUUUACAGGAGGCAUUUCUGUCGCCACGCCUCCUUCACUUCGCCUCUGAUCAGAUGCAUUGGGAAUGCUACUGCCUCAAGGAGUCAGAGGAUGGCCUGAAUGACCUGAGCGACAUUCAAAUGCCAAAGUUCGACGGCGACAAAGUCAGGACAUAUGUCAAAAACGGUGGGAUGUUUUCGCUGCGAGCAACGAUUCGGGCGCACGAGGUGCUCAAGUUCCGAUAUCCCGGGUCGCACGACGAGCACUGGGACAACAUAAUGGAGGACUACACCACACGGCGUUUGACCUACCGGAGAGACAAACUGCCCGCCCUGGCAGGUAUCACACAACGCUUCUUCGAGGUCAAAGACGAUGUUCCAAUCCUCGGAAUGUGGAGACGCUCUUUGCCCAGAAACUUGCUGUGGCAUGUGCGGCGGUUCGCGCAACGACCGUCGGCUGGUUUGUCAAACACUGGCGGCACCCUUCCGUCCUGGACUUUCCUGUCACUUGACGAGCCUGUCAUCAUGAAGCCUUCCUGGGUAGACUCGGGUCGCACAGGUCCUUUUGAGCGUGAAGAGAUUGAGAUCCUCGAAGCUAGUGUGGCUUGGGACGGGUUGGCCAUGACUUCCAGGCUUGCAUCGUCAAAACUCAGAGUUCGGGGCAAGCUCUGCCAGGCUAGAUUGGAUGAUGGUUGCGCGUCGACCCGCGACGAACCGAACAAGUUCCGGAUCGUUCCAUUCGAUGCCAGCAAGGAACAAGAAUUCGAAGACAGCCUUGGUCGUCCCCUGGGAGAGUGCUGGCUCGAUGCUAAACCGGUUGGUGAAGAAGAGCCCAUCUGGUUUCUCAAGCUGGGAAAGAUUGCCGUAAAAGGAGGCAGGUCAGAGAGGAUCACUAUACGUGGUUACAAAGCGGGGGUUCUUGCGCUUCAACUUGUUGCAGAACGGGAAAAUGUGUUUUCUCGGAUCGGGGCGGGCUUCAUCUCGUGGAACUCGCGGUUUGACGAUUGUGCGGAUGGAGACGCCAAAUGUUUCGGCGAAAAGGGCGUCGAGGUUAGAUGUAUCGAAUUGGUCUAG